AUGACAACAUUCACCGAACCUGAGGUGCCUGAGCCGUCUGGCUCUCCAAAAGACAAGUAUCUCUGUUUGACCAUCUGCGGGUAUCGCAAACCGGGCAUGAGCGAGGAAGACUACCGAAAUCAUAUGGUUAACAUCUCGGCGCCUAUGACAAAGGGCUUAAUGGUCAAAUAUGGUAUUAAGAGAUGGACUCAAAUUCAUAAUCAAAGUUCGACUCGUGCUUUGAUGUCACACUUAUUUGACCACCAGAUGGUGCAUGUUGCAGACUUUGACUGUUUUAGCCAGGUGGUUUUCAAAGAUAUUGAACAUUACAAACGUAUGAAACAGGAUCCGUGGUACAAAAAGCAUCUUAUUGGUGAUCAUGAGAAGUUCGCUGAUACGCAAAGAAGCAUGAUGACUAUAGGAUGGGUUGAGGAGUUCGUGAGAGAUGGCGAGGUUGUUGAUGACCUCAAGGACUCCUAG